AUGAAUGAAAGAAAUACAUCUACUAGAAGUUGUACAUUAAAUCGUAGAGCAGUGGAACGUUCUGAAGUGUAUCAUGUAGUUAUUUUCCCAUGUGAUAAUUCAUUUUCUGUUGUUAAAUCAAAACAAUGUUCACCAGCUGAGCAAGAUGGUUUUGUUUUUGUACAAUCUGGCCAUAAAAAAUAUAUGGCAUUUAUUUUUGAGACAGGCAAUUUUGAGAUAUGUAGUAAAGCUGCUGAUCGUCUUGUGCAAAAACAACACGAAGACAUCGAAAGCGAUUACGAACGAAGAAACGAAAAUACACAAUCAAAAGACAUCACUUCAAAUACAUCAGAAAAACCAACAUAUACUACUCUAAAGGAUGUACCGUUCUCUAUUGACGUACCUGUUAAUGUUAUUCACAAUGAUUCACCUCGUCAAACUGUUUCAAAUUUAAAUAUGAUUAACGGAAUGACUCCAACUCGAGCAAAGAAUGGUAGUGGAAGUACAAUAAUAAAUAAGGGAUGGCAACGAACACGACAUGAAAGUUGUCCAAAAGUAUCUAUUGCACUAGAUGAACCAGGUGCUGAUUCCAAUGAUGAUGUAAAUUUUCCAUCUAGUUUGAUAUUUACAUCCACUGAUGGUAUGUCAAGUACUGAUUUAAUGAAAAUUCCAGCCACUAGAGACAAAGCUAAUCUUUAUGUUACAAAUCUCGUUGAAAUACUUUAUACUAUGGAUGAACUAGUGGCAUUAAAACCAGAAGAAACACAUAACGACUAUCGAUAUCAAUUGAUACGAGAAUCCGUUCGUUGUAAGUUUAAAUUAACAAAUGAUCAAUUAGAUCAAUUAUUUAAUGAUUGGCUUCGUGAAGUUUUUCUUGCAAAACGAAGAGUAGCAGUGAGAAAGCUUAAAAUGUCGAUGAACAAUGAAUAG